UCAUUAACAUUUAAUUGCUAGUAGACAAUAUUCGAAAACCUUUGCAUUUAUUAAUGCUUUUCAAAAGGUUGCAUAGAACAUUUAACAGAUAGAUGUUAUAAUAGCUUCGGCAUGCAUAUCCGAUCUUCGCUUUGCGAAUCUCAUUGAUUUCAAUAUGCAUUCUUUAGUCUAUUUUUAUCAUCGACGGUUUUCGUCAGUGAAUUAGUUGGUUUUCACUUGCAACAUUCAACUGUCGGGUCUAAUAAAAAUAUGGUAUACAAAUUAUAUUUCUAGGCAACGAUUUUCUUCAGCUGAGUAUCAUUUACGUAUAUAUAUGUCUGAAAUAGAAGGCCAUUGUAAAGUUUGCAAAGAACUGUGCAAACAGAAAUGUUCUCAGUGUAAACUAGUGUACUAUUGUUCAGGAGAACAUCAAAAAGAUGACUGGAAAAAUCAUAGAAAAAAUUGUGUGUUUUAUGAGAUUUGCAGUAAUCAAGAGCUGGGUAGAUUUCUAAAAGCAAAAAAGGAUUUAGAACCGGGAGAGAUAAUAUUUGUGGAUACGCCUCUUGUAUUUGGGCCAAGACCGUAUAAAAUUGAAGAGGGACCAUUUCCAUGCGUUGGCUGCAGCAAAAUCCUCUUAAAUGAGGUCCAUGCUUGUCCGGAAUGCGGAUGGCCUGCCUGUAAUGCUGAAUGUGCGGGACUUAAAUCUCCCCAAAGACAUGGACUGGAGUGCCAAAUCCUUAAAAUGCGACCUCCCACACAAAAUCAGUCAAUGUACCAGUACUUUAGAUUUGAUAUACUGAUUCUUCUAAGAGCGCUCUUCUUGCAGAAGAGCAACAAAAAGAAAUGGGAUGUUCUUCUGGACUUGGAGGAUCAUUUAGAUGAAAGAGGUCCAAAUAGUCCGGUUUACAAAGCGGUUCAAGAAAAAGUUUCCUACGUUGAGGAAAACUAUAUAAACCCUUUGAAGGCUUUUGAAAAAGAGUCCGGCCAAUCCAUACUUCCUCAAGUAUCAAGUGAUAUCAUGCAUAAAAUUUAUGCUAUUCUGGAUGUUAAUGCUACAGAAAUUACAGAAUUGCUGGAUUUAUUCAUAUUAUAUCCAAUUGCUAGCUUAUUGGAGCAUAGUUGCCUUCCGAAUACUUCGCAAACAAUUGAUAAUGAGGAUGGGUAUAAAAUUACUUUCAGAGCAGCUUUGCACAUAAAGCAAGGCGACCAUAUAACUACAACAUAUACGAAUAUUUUGUGGGGAACUCAGGAAAGGAGAAAACAUCUGAAGGAAACCAAAUAUUUUGCUUGCUCCUGCCAAAGAUGUCGAGAUCCUACUGAGCUGGGUACUUUUUUCAGCGCUUUAAUCUGCUUAGGAACAACUGAAGAACCAUGUAAAGGUAUACAAUUGCCAGUCAAUCCUACGGAGGAUCACACGAAUUGGAGGUGUAAUAAAUGUGGAAUAAAAUUACCCAAUAAGGAGAUUUCAGACUUUGUUAGUCACUUGAGUAAGGAAGUGAAUAAAAUAAUCGAAAAGCGUCCCAAUCUUGAGGAACUUGAAGAAUUCUUAGGCAAACUGGAUAUAUUUCUGCAUCCUAAUCACUAUCUAGCUUACACGAUAAAGCAUACUUUGGUACAACUGUAUAAGAUUGAUGAUGAGAUUGAAAUAUCUAAUAGUUUUCUGGAUGCAAAGUUGAAAUUGUGUCAGGAGCUGAUUGAUUUGACUAAGAAACUGGAUCCAGGAAACUCAAGAUUGGCGAUUUAUUUAGCUGUUCUUCUAAAUGAGCAACUCAUGACCAAAUUUAAAAUAUUGAGCAGGAAUUUCGGUGACGAUCAAGAAGAAACUUCACACUUAAAAGACGAAGUUCUUCAAAUCGCCUCUGAAAGCAGAGAUGUGUUGAACAACGAAAAACACUCUGAGGCCGGAGCCAAAUUAUUGGAAGUUAUAAACUUUAAUGGCAUUAAAAUUCGUAACUGGCUGGAGGAACAUGAAAUUUUCACUGCAAGUUAAUGUGUCUUUUAAAGAACCUUAAUGAUAUUAGUUAAUUGUAGAAGUUGAUUAAAGUUAAUCUAGUAAAGGAUUUUAA